AUGCCUGGUCCAAGGGGUCAGCUUGCCAAUCAUGGUUAUUCUGGUGCUCUUUUGCCAAAUGAACCUACUGGAACAGCAGGUGAUCCAUUAAUUGGAAGGAAGGUGAUGACAAGAUGGCCCGAGGACAAGAAUUUCUAUGAGGCUGUCAUCAUUGAUUACAACCCAGUAGAGGUAUGUUAA